CUUCACCUGUACCUCCAAGCAGAGAGCACAGACCGAAACGCCCCAGCAAACCGUUAGUUUCACAGCCGGCAACACACGAAACAAAAGGAACCAACCACCCACAGGCCAAAGCACAAACCCCACACUUCUCCUAAGUCCUAACCCCCGAGAGAGAGAGAGAAAUGGAUACUGAUGCAGUGGGAAGCGAAGGGUACUCUCCGCUGAAGGAAUUAAGACUGGAAAUUGAAGUAAAGGAGGGAACUUUCUCUCUCUGCUUUUGGCUUUAUUUGACGAGUUCCACUACAUUCCCUGUUACCAUUAUCCAACAGGUUUUCUCUGAUAUCUCCGAAAGUGCUCCUUUUCUUGUUAUUGAUGAUAAUAAGAGAAUCCAUAUGUUACCAGUUCUUCUCUUACAUGAAGAAGCUCCUGAAACUGGCAAUAUAAAUUCCUGGACAGAAGUUCCACAUGCAACUGUUGAUUUUGAGUUUCUUUUGGAAAAAUGGGUUCAUGUUGGAUGUGAGGUUUGUCCAGAUCAUAUCCAGCUUCAGAUUAAUGGAGAGAUUGUAGGAGAAAAGUCUUUGUGUUCCUUAUUAAAUAAGGAAUCGGGUUCAAGUCAUUUGAAGAAAUUAACUUUGGCAAAUGUUGGUGGAGAUGGAAAAAGUGUGCAGGGUUAUGUGCACAAUUUUGAAAUAUUUCCUAUUAUUACUUCUAUUAAAGAUUGUCAUUUAAAGUGCCCUCCUCUGAAGUUAUCAAUUGAUGAAUCGUCUGUCUCUGAGAUUGAAGAAGAAAGUGAUGGUGUUUGGGGCAUUGUUGGAGGCAAGGCAUCUUGUCGUAGGAACUUCUCUUUGGAUGUUGUUCUAUCCGAUGCUUUUGGACAGCCUGUAGAUAAGGAGAAUGAGGUUUUUGCUUCACUUUUGUAUGCCGACACGGGGGCACCAGUGGAGAAUACAGCCGAUGAUGAAGCACCCCUUUUAGCUAGUUAUGAUGGAAUAGAAUUUUCCUCUUGUGAAAGACCAAGUAAGCUUUUGCUGGGACGUGCUUCAUUUAAGCUCAAAAUAUCUCAGCUUUCAUCCAAGUGUGACAACAGGUUGUUCCUCAUCAGCUUUUGUGUUCCAAAACUAGGAAAUUAUCCUUUUCUUGAGGCAUAUUCCCGUCCAAUUCGAUGCAUCUCCAGAAGCCGUAACACAAGAGUGUCCACUCUGGUGUGGAAAAGGUCAACUGCUCUUCAUUGCCAUAGUUUAUCUCAAUCUUCAGCUAUGGACGAUAGAUCCUUGGACCUUCAGCAUUCCAGUCAUGAAGCACAAGCCAAUCCACUGAUGAAGCGGUUUAGACUUGGUCAAGAUAAGACAUCUGUAUCAGUGAAGGCUGACCCCACCAUAGAGCAACCUGAUGAAGAAUGUAAUUCUCAUGUUCGGACUGCUAACCAGGUUGAGAAUGGGUUUCCAACAAGCUUGGAUGGAAGGUCAGCAAACUUUAUUGAAGCAGAAGAUUCUCCAUCUGAUUCAGAGAGUAUAGGGGAGGGGAAGUCACCUCUAAAUAGUAUGGCAAGUAGAAGAAAUCCAAUAUCUGAUAUGACCAUUUUCAAAUACUGCCUUGCAAGCUUGGCUGAGAGAUCUCUCAUGCUUAAGGAAAUUGCUACCUUUGCUUCUGGCAAAGAAAUUUCCGAGUUGGCUAAUCACGUGUCACUCUAUUCAGGAUGUUCACACCAUGGAAACCAAAUAUUAUUGGCCAAGAGAUUGAUAAAAGAUGGAACUAAUCUUUGGAAGGUGAUGUCUCCAAACAAUCACCACAUUCCUUGGGAGAAUGCAGUGUAUGAGAUUGAAGAGCAAUUCAUGAAGAUUGCUUCUUGUUGUUCAAGAUCUCUCUCACCUCAGGACCUAAAUCUCCUGAGAAGGAUUGCUGGAUGUCAAGAGUACCUAACACAAGAGAACUUUGAGAAGUUGUGGUGUUGGUUGUACCCUGUGGCAUUUAUAAUAUCAAGGGACUGGAUAAAUCCUAUCUGGAAUUCCACAUCACCUAAGUGGAUAGAAGGAUUCAUAACUAAGGAGGAAGCAGAAUCUUCACUUCAAGGUCCCACAGGAUUUCAAGAACCUGGUACCUUUAUACUCCGAUUUCCUACCUCAAGAAGCUGGCCACACCCCGAUGCUGGUAAUCUAGUUGUAUCCUAUGUCGGCAAUGACUACAAACUUCACCACAGGCUACUUUCUAUGCAUCAUGUUUAUGGCUCUGGUGAUAAUAGAGUUGACGUGAAACCACUGCAAGAUAUGUUAUUGGCAGAACCUGAGCUUUCUCGAUUGGGAAGGAUAAUAAGAAGCCAUUAGGCACACUAGAAUUGUUGCAGAAGGUACCUCAACAUCCAGUUAAAGUUGCUUUCAAGGUUGGCUUCGGUGGCAGUUGAAUUAUAAUAGUAUAUUUUCCAUUUUACUUGUAUAUUGUGUAAGGUAAGAUUUUAGGCGUACAAUUUUUAACAUUAGUACCUAAUGAUCGUUAUAUAAAACAUGCAUUCUUAUGUAACCACCACCAAUCAACGCAUCAUCGCCCUUUUGUUGUUGAGUUGGUUUCAAUAGGUAAUCCCUCCUCUGCCCAUUGGGUUGCCAAAA